AUGGCAGAGAAACCAGACAUGGGGGAAAUCGCCAGCUUCGAUAAGGUCAAGCUGAAGAAGAUGGUGAUGUCGGAGAACAUCCUGGCGACCAAAGACACCAUUGAGCAGGAGAAGCAAGCGAAGUGAAAUUUCCUAAGAACCUGGAGUAUUCUCCACCCCUGUCAUCUUGGAGACCCUAGUCGUGAUGUGGAGGAAGAGCCACCUGCAAGAUGGACACUAGCGACAACCUGCACUGUGAACCCGGGCACUCCAUGCCGAUGCCACAGGCCUGUGGGUCUCUGAAGGGACCCUUCAAUCGGACUGCCAAAUUCU